AGGACUUAUCACAAGCACAUCGAGCACAUGGCGAUUGGAUACUACAACCGGAGCAGCGUGACCAAACUCAAAAAUGGGUUUUGUUUACCGGUAAACGAAAUUAUCUUGUGAAUUAUAUUAAAAAGAAGCAACAGGCUUAUAUUAUUUAACGUGUGUUUUUUGUGGUGACCUUAUAGUCGCUAUGAGAGCUUUGUUUCGCUCUCGAAAAACGAAAUAUUCACAAACGUAAAUAAGACGAUGGAAAAAUAACCUACAACUUUAAAACGAUUUCUAAAUAAUGCUGGAGUUCUGUCCGUUGUGUGAGAAAAAUGGAUACAAAACAAAUGUCGUGCUCACCCAGAUCAAUCUCGAUGAAGCCGUAUGGCUGUGUGAAUCUACGAAGUGUCCAUGGCCAUUUGGAUAUCAAGAUUUCACCUUUGGAUCUCGAAAAGUUGGAGAAACAUGGUCCGCAGAAUGGGGGAUGCGUAAGCCAUCGAUAACAAAAUCAUCUGAUCAGUCCCAAAUUUCUCUGGCAGAACUUGGACUAGAUACUCCACCUGUUACUCCAGGCAGCGGCAGUGAAGUGACCCAUAAAGAGACAAUUAUUGGUGACAAUACAUGCUCUGCAACUAGUUUUACUUUAGGGACUGGUCAUGUUGUCGAUUCAAUCGAAGGACAUGUUCAAUCGAGCAGUAAUAGCAACAAGUCGAACAAAUUCUUCAUUAGUGACUGUGGAAGUCUCAACAGCAGGAGUUCAGUAUUAAAACGAAAAAGAGAAACUGCCACUUUGAAACAAAAUAGCAAAUCAAUCGAUCAAAGUUCCACAAGUUUAGAGUCACUCAAUAACUUUAACAACGUACUUGUGAAAGUUGAAACUCCAUUAACAUUUAGUGGCAGUUUUAGUUUAAAUGAUGAUUUCAAUUCAGAAAGUUCUGACAAAAAUCCCAUAACUUUUCGAGAAUUCAAUGAUGCAUCUGAAAUUUCUGAAUCUCUGACUGAUUCUAUUUUUGACCCAUCAAAAUCUCUUGAAAAUAAUGUCCGUUCUGGACCAACUAAAAAUUUCACAUAUACGGAUGAUUUGUUUAUUAACAAGAGUCAUGAGUCUUCAGUUAAGCAUAAGACAUUCCUGAUUGAUAAUGCUGAGAUUUCAAUGGUAACAGACAAUCCAUCUCGUUCAGUUAGAGAUCGUGUUAAUAUUGUAACUGAAUCUAAAAGCGCUUCACCGUUCGUACCUGCUAAUGAGACACAAAAGGCAAAUAGUGCGGAAGUUUCUGAGAAAAAGAAGCAGUAUCCUACAGUUGUUAGUAUUCAAAGAACUAACAUGAAAUUGGUGGAAGUUCAUAAGUUGGAAGGCAUUGAGUCUUUGAGUAAGUUGAAUCGCGAUAAAUUUGUUCCUAAUUCGAGUAUCUGUCAGCAGAGAAAAACCACUUCUGGCAGAUCAGCUGCACAGGAGACAAAGCAGGCAGUAGAUUCAUGUGAGAUUCUAAAUAGUGAAGACCUCACAAGAGUACCUAGUUCAAUGGAAAAUCACCAGGCUAUACCUAGUGAUAACAAUUUCGUUCAUGAGAAAAGUUAUGGUAUAAGAAAUAUAGAAACGAGAACUGUAGUAAUAGAUGGGUUGCCACCAAUUAGUUUGUCCUAUGAAAUACCAAGUCUUGUACAAGGUUAUACCACAGUUCCCUCAAACACGAGUAGAGAAUUGAUCCAGACAGAUGAAAAUGUAAUGAUUGAUGCAAAGAGAGAUCUAGUAGCAGGUGAUCAGGUUGCCUCAAUUAACAUAAAGGUUGAACCAAGCAAGUGCGAAGAAGCCAAAUGUUAUCGACCAGCAACAGGUAGUCGGACUGCAUUAGGAAACCUAUCAAUGAAAAAACCUCUCAAACGAUCUGCCCUCAAGUCACCUAAAUAUCCAGGCUUUGAUCUUAGUAUUUUGAAGAAACAUAAAGCUAACUCCCUCUGUAGCAAAGAAAUCGCUAAAACUAGUCCUUUAGAUGUACCAUUACCUGGGAAUGUUUCUACCAGUUCUGAUUUGACAUAUUCUUCAUGCAUGACCACAUCAACUAAUCGUUGUAGUAACAGUUUUACUUUCAAAUCUGCUCCAAGUAUUGAAGAUUGUGGCCUGAGGCCAACAAAGUUAAAUUCAAAAAGCAAUACGUUGACUCCAGAAAACGAUCAAGAAUUUGAAUCUAAUUUGAAUGUGGAUAAGAUACUGGAUGAUCUAAUUCUUAAUGAAAGUCAAGACUCAUCACAAAAAUUGGAAGAUGAUUGGCUAUUGUCUUUGUUUGAUUGACAGAAUUCUCCAAACACGGAUUUUGCUAAGUAAUACCCUCAUCGAAUACGUAUAAAUGAUAAAUUCCUCAAUAAUACUUCACACUAAGUCAACAAAUAAUUUCAUAUCCUGGUGGAACUAACGUCAGAAUCAAUGUAUAAUCAACAUUAUAUAACGAUUCAUCUUACAUUAUUGUUACAAGGUUUUAC